AUGGUGAAAAUUCAAAAGCAUCAAGCUUUUGCCUCUGCCUAUAUCUUAACCCUGCCUCGCCUGGCCUUUCUGGCACACGGGAUUGUCAGUUCUAGCUCCCAGGAGAUUUUCCAAGGCAGCAGAUUCUUAUUUGAGUUUUUGAAGUCAGUUCUAGCUCUGCCUGCCAAUGCACAGUUCAAGGACAUUGCAUGGUUUUUGUUUCGGAGGAGCCUGGCUAUAGCCAAUUUCUUAUAUUUCUCCAUCAUCAACCUGUUCGGGUUUUUGAUUCCUCGGUUCCUUCCGAGGACGUUUGAGAGGUACUCCAGGGAGAGGGAAGAAGCUAAUGCCAAGAUGGCAGCGGACAAGCACUCUGCAGCAGCAAAUAAAUCAGAACCAGUUGCAGAUAAGAAAGCUGAUUGA